CUUUUAUGGUGUUUCAUAGAUCUUAGGCUUAUAAUUUAAGAUUCUUUGCUUUUUUGUGUGUUUGAUUAUGUAUUGGGGUUUUGGAUUAGUAAUCUGGGCUCUGCUCAUAGUGUUCUUGGGGGGUUUUGGUUCUAGCUUUGAUCCUGGAGAUAAAUACUUGAUAAACUGUGGAUCACCUAAUGAUGGCAAAGUGAGUGGCAGGGUUUUUGUGUCUGAUAAAUCAGCCUCAAAAUUCCUUUCAACUUCACAAGACAUAUUGGCUGUUGCCCCUUCUAACUCCAUUAUACCCUCAGAGGAUUCUCUGCUUUAUCAGACAGCUAGAAUUUUCAGUGAAAAAUCGAGCUACAAGCUUUCGAUUAGCCAGGGUGGGAGGCACUGGAUCCGCCUCUAUUUCUACCCGUUUGUUUUCCAGAACUAUAAUAUGAAGGCAGCUAGUUUCUCGGUCUCCGCCCAAAACCAUGUUCUCCUUGCCAAUUUUAGCCCUCAAAAUGUUACUGCCAAGGAAUUCUCGGUGAAUGUAGCAUCGGGGGACCUUGUGAUAACCUUCAGCCCUUCAGAUAAUUCGUUCGCUUAUGUAAACGCGUUGGAGGUUGUAUCAGUUCCCGACACGCUCAUAGCUGAUACUGCUGCAUCCAUCAGCCCAGCCGGGACGUUCAAUGGCCUGUCUGGACAAGCACUGGAGACGGUUGCUAGGGUGAACAUGGGCGGAUCGCCUUUGACACCCGACAACGAUACACUAUGGAGAUCUUGGGAUUCUGACCAAGGUUUCUUAAAAGAGCCAAAAGUCGCAAAAUCUCUGUCCAAGAUCUCAUCCGUAAAGUACACAUCUGGUCAAGCAACCGAAGAUUCUGCACCCAAGACGGUUUAUGGAACGUGCACUAAGAUGAAUGUGGACAGUGAUAAUCCCAAUGCGAAUUUCAACGUGACUUGGGAGUUCAGUGUGGAUCCUGGGUUCCAGUAUUUUCUUCGCUUACACUUCUGUGACAUAGUGAGUCCAGCCCCGAAUCAGCUCCUGUAUAAUAUCUAUAUAGAUUCGUUAAAUGUGGCUCCAGAUUUUGAUCCGGGUUCUGUAGUUGGUGAAGUAUUGGCCACUGCUUAUUACAUCGAUUAUGUUACUGCAUCGAGUGAUAAAGACAAACUUCGUGUAAGUGUUGGCCCGUCUCCUAGAAGUGCUUUCCCCGAUGCCUUUCUGAAUGGUCUGGAGAUUAUGAAGAUGAACAAUUCUGCGGGCAGCCUCAGUAGUAUAAGUUCUGUAUCUCCUUCCUCUGGCACGGGUUCAAAGAAGAAGGUUGGAGUAAUAGUGGGAGUUGCCGUCGGGGUAGCAUUUGCUUUGGCUAUGGUUAGCGUUCUGUUUUGCCUGCACAGAAGGAGAAAACACGAGCAGCUUGGGCAGUCAAAAACAUGGCUUCCUUUCUCGAUUAACGGAACCACUUCCCACACUAUGGGAAGUAAGAAUUCAAAUUGGACGACCAUAAGCGGUGCUUCUAAUUUGAGUUAUCGCGUUCCUUUUGCAGCUGUACAAGAAGCAACGAACAACUUUGACGAGAGUUGGGUUAUUGGAAUUGGCGGGUUUGGGAAGGUGUACAAGGGCGAGUUAAGCGAUGGUACAAAAGUAGCUGUAAAGCGGGGCAACCCAAAGUCCCAACAAGGUCUUGCGGAGUUCAGAACGGAAAUUGAAAUGCUUUCUCAAUUCCGCCACCGCCAUCUGGUUUCCUUGAUAGGAUAUUGCGAUGAAAGGAACGAGAUGAUUCUAGUCUACGAGUACAUGGAGAAUGGGACUCUCAAGGGUCAUCUCUACGGCUCUGAUCUUCCUAGUUUGAGCUGGAAACAGAGGCUCGAGGCAUGCAUCGGGGCUGCUAGAGGUCUGCACUACCUUCAUACCGGCUACGCUAAAGCAGUUAUACACCGUGAUGUCAAGUCUGCCAACAUAUUGCUCGACGAGAAUUUAAUGGCUAAAGUCGCCGACUUUGGACUUUCCAAGACCGGCCCCGAGAUUGAUCAAACCCAUGUGAGCACAGCUGUUAAAGGGAGUUUUGGGUACCUGGACCCCGAAUAUUUUAGAAGGCAACAACUGACGGAGAAGUCGGAUGUGUACUCUUUUGGUGUCGUUUUGUUUGAGGUUCUUUGCGCUAGGCCCGUGAUCGAUCCAUCUCUUCCUAGGGAAAUGGUGAACCUAGCGGAAUGGGCUAUGAAGUGGCAACAGAAGGGACAACUCGAACAAAUAAUCGAUCCCAAACUUGCGGGAAGAAUAAGGCCAGAUUCUCUCCGAAAAUUUGCAGAGACAGCAGAAAAAUGCUUGGCAGAUUUUGGCAUGGACCGACCCUCGAUAGGAGAUGUGUUGUGGAACCUGGAAUACGCGCUGCAGCUACAGGAAGCUAUCGUUCCAAACGAUCCCGAUGAAAAUAGCACAAACCUCAUCGACCUUUCUCCUCAAGUCAAUGAUUUCAGUCACACCGACACAAGUGCCUCAGCUGCUCCGUUCCAAACAACAGAUCUCAACGAUCUUUCGGGCGUCUCCAUGAGUCGGGUUUUCUCGCAGCUCGUCAAGUCUGAGGGUAGAUAGAACAGAAACAAAGGUGAGGACACUGCUUUUUACCUUUUGUUCAUGAAGCCAUGAAGAAGUGUAAUGUUUUAGGUUUUUUUGCUUUUUGAAUUGCCAAAUCUUUAUACCAAACCAAUUUCUGGUUUCAGGCUUUUCUUCUUUUCUUGGUGGAUAGAACAUUAGAAAAGAAAACACUAUAAUAUCUGUAAACAUCUGAAUUUAGCUUCUCAUUCUGGGAAAAAUCUUAUCUUAUUUUCAAUGUUGUUUGAACUA